AGUGCGGGCCGUGCCGCCAUGUCCCGCCUGUCCCCGCUGCCCUGAGCGCGGGCCGUGCCGCCAUGUACCGCCUGUGCCGGCUGUCCCCAUCGCUGUCCCGGUCGCUGUCCCCGUCGCUGUCCCCGCUGCUCGCCCCGCUGCGCUGCCCCGCCCGGGCCGCGCUCCCGCCGGGGCCGGGCCCGCUCCGCGCCAGCGCCAAGGAUGCAGCUGAGCCCCUCAAAAAGACAGCCACUGAUCCCAGUGCUGAAAACCAGAAACUCAACAAAUCCCAGCAGCUGAAACAAAUUUUUAAAGAAUAUGGUGCUGUAGGGGUUUCCUUCCAUGUUGGAAUUUCUUUAGUAUCUCUGGGAAUCUUCUACCUGGCUGUGUCAAGCGGGGUGGACAUGAGCGCCGUGCUGUUCAAGCUGGGUUUCAGUGAGGCCUCUCUGCAGUCCAGGAUGGCAGCUGGCACCAGCACCUUCGUGCUGGCCUAUGCUGUGCACAAGCUCUUCGCCCCCGUGCGCAUCAGCAUCACCGUGGUGUCCGUGCCCUUCCUCGUGCGCUACUGCCGCAAGGUCGGCUUCUUCAAACCGCCAGCCUCCAACCCCUGAGCCCUCCUGCCUGUGCUUCUCACUGCUCCAGGCCCAGCUCACUUCUGUCAAAGACUUGUUUGGGUUUGGGUUGAUCUCAUCUUGUGUUUCUUGCUUUGUUCUUUCAGGUGAACGGCACUGUGAGAAGUGCUGUCCUUGUCUUCUUUCCCUUUUGCAAUUUCUUAGGAAAAUUAUUCAGAUGGGAUCUGGUUUGCACUUGGAGUGGGAAUAUUAAUGCUUGACAAUGAGCAGAGCUCUGGGUUUUUAUAAUCCAGCCUUUUGAGAGUUCUGGGUCUUUGUAAUCCAGCCUUUUCAGAGUUCUGUUUUUAUAAUCCAGCUUCUUGAGCCUUCAUUUUUUUCCCUUCUCAAAACAGAAUCAUAGCAUUCAUUUAUUAGCUGAGAAACUGUGAGAUUCUCUUCCCAGCAGAAUAAACAGUGUCUCACUACAUGGGUAGGUCUCUUGGUAAGGGAAUGUAUUGGAGUCUGAAGUGGCAGGUGGGUGUUUCUUUGCUAGAAGAGGUUUUUGUCAUAGCCCUUCUUGCAGCACAACACAGGCACUGAGCUCACUUCAGUGGGAGUACCCACAUGAUUAAUUAUUGCAGUCACAAUUGCUUUAGUCACAAUAGGUGAAGCACUGUUCUGAAACUAUGUGUAGUGCUUCCAUAGUCCAAGAUUUUAUUGUUUGAAAAUGUGCUGGCUGGGAGCCAGCCUUACUAAAGUCCUUUUUGUUUUUUAAAUGUCAAUAGACUCAGAAGAAAUCCUGAGUACUGAAAUCAGUGUAACCUCUAAACAGCUGUUUUGAGAGCUGGCUUUGUUCUUUCUUUUUUUAAAUCUUAAAACCAACCCCAGCAGCUUUGUGCUCGUGGGUGAAACUCAAAUCUGCACCUGAAAUCCAAACAUUCCAUUUCCCAGCUUCCCAGGAAGAAUUCCUGUGCUUUGGGCUGAGACUGGUGCAUGUAGCAAUGAGGGGGUUUUGCCUUUCCUUAUGGGGACUCUGUGGUGUUAGAAAAUGUGUUUACAGAUGUGGACAUUCACAUUCCACCUCCCAGUUAAGCUGAACACUGAUCCCAAACCAGAUAAAUUAGUGUCACACUGGGGUAAGCCUGGCUUUUGGGCUCAGGCCUGUGCUGCUGGGAGUUUAAGCCAGAGCUGGGGGUGUUUGGGACCUGCUGGCUGCUCUUCUCUGAAUUCUUUGUGCUUGCACUUACCCCAGGAUGGCCCUGACAGAUCUGGUCAUGUAGAACUCUCAUUUAAGUAAAAUAGAAGGAAAAUAGCCUGAUGCUUUUAAUUUUUGCUAAAAUUUAGUGAAUAGAAAGUAAAUGUGGAGUUUGGAUGAGAAGUGGCUGACACCAUCACUGAAACUAGAGUUUUCUUGCUGUAAAGAAACAGCUUCAUAUAAAUUAUGACCAGAAUUCUGAUUUUAUGGUUGUAUAAACUACUGGCAGUUUGUUUAGAUGAAGUUUUUUUGCAAAGUAUAUUUUAAAUUAAUUCAAGAAUAUAUUUUGAAUUCUGGAAUCCUUGCUUGGAGAAGGAUCAUUUUUUAGAAUUGUUUGUUAAAUAUCAAAAGGUCUUAUACUGAAAAAAGACAAUAAAUAAAUUGCUUUCUCUUA